AUGCGUAAUUAUGCACAUGGGGAACUGAGUGGCAAGACGUUUUUUGGAAAACCUGCUCUCUCAACAGGCAAUGCAGCGGUGGUGAAGCCGUCGGAGCUGAGCGAGUGCUCAUCCCUCCUGCUUCGAGCACUUUUGCCUCACUAUCUGGACAAGUUUCCACACGGCUCACUGACUUCACAAGCCCCUACAGUGUUGAAGGAUGUGCCUCCCCACUCCAGACUGAUGCAGGAAGAGAUCUUCGGCCCUGUGCUGCCCAUAGUGGCUGUGAGUGAUAUGGAUGAUGCCAUUCAGUUUAUUAACGAGAAAGAGAAACCCCUGGCCCUCUACAUCUUCUGCUCAGACAAGAAGGCAAUAAAACGAAUGAUUGAGGAAACCACAAGUGGAGGAGUGACGGUCAAUGACGUUAUGAUGCACUACACACUCAGCUCUCUCCCCUUUGGUGGUGUUGGUCAGAGUGGUACGGGCUGUUACCAUGGGAAACACACCUUCGACCGGCUGAGUCACCUCAGAGCGUGUCUUGUGCGCUCUCUGAACAUGGAACGAGUUAAUAUGGCACGAUACCCUCCUCAGAACCACCAGCGUGCACGCAGGGCACGUAUGGCUCUCAAAUCUCCCUUGAUUGACACAUCCAAGAAGACUCUGAUCUGGGCUAGUGUUGUCACCAUCCUCUGCGUGGGUCUGUUCAUUGCUUUGUUGGUUAUCCUGCUCAUAGCUGCAGGCCUCAACUGCACCUGCUGGCCGGGCGACCCUCCAAUAUCUUGCAAUGGGGCCUGUGGAGCUGGAGCGGGCGACGUGGAGGCCUGGGGCUGUGGAGCGGGUGACGUGGAGGCCUGUGGGGCUGCAACGGGCAACGUGGAGUCCUGUGGGGCUGCAGCAGACGUGGUGGAGGCCUGUGGGGCUGCAGCGGGCGACGUGGAGUCCUGUGGGGCUGCAGCAGAUGUGGUGGAGACCUGUGGCUCUGCAUUGGGCGACGUAGGGUCAUCAGAUGGUGUGGAGGCCUGGGGGUCUGUAGCGGGCAACGUGGAGGCCUGGGGCUCUGCAGCGGGGGACGUGGGGUCCAGUGGGGCUGCAGUGGGCGACGUGGGGUCCUGUGGCUCUGCAGCAGGUGGAGGAUCACAGUAUCUGGCCUUCAUGGAGUCCUUGGCGGGGGUGCUGGAAGGUGGAGAGAAGAGCUGA